UUCAGGGAGUUCAGUGUGUCCACCAGCAAACUGGCUAUUCCGGAAGAAAACACUAUCCAAACCCUGUGCACUGACAUCCUGCAAUGUCUGGACACCUCAGUCACUGGAAUGACCCAAGUGUUAUGGCCAAGGCUUCUCGAAUAUGUGGUGCCAGUUCAGUACACUGGUACUUUGAAGCCUCUCUGCAGAUGCCUUAGGGAGCUGGCUGAGAAAAAGCAGCAGGAAGGAGAAGAAGCUGCUUGCCUCAACUACGGUGGACCAGUGAAACUCCCUACACCCCAGGGGCUGCUGGCACGACUCCUGGUAGUGGCCUCGUCCCCUUAUGCAGGAGAAGGACACGGAUGUGCUGCCUUGCAGUUACUACAGGCCCUGCACCAAAAUAUCCAUGCAGCAGUGGGUGAGAUGUGGGUAGUAAAGAUCCCAUCUCUGCUGCAGUACAUUGAAGGUAAAGUGCUAGUUAGGAGGAGUGCGGUCCAUGGAGCAUAGAAGGGAAGCCAGAAAAUGCAGCUUCGUAUUGACACGUGUUGUGCCAUUCCUGUUGCAAUAUGUGGGAACAGUGGGGAAUUGA